AUGUCUCUACAAUAUCCUCAUUUGUACUCAACUGUUCUUACAGUCAACAUGAACUCAGACGAUUUUGAUGAUACAUUUACAUCUGAAGAUUUGCAUACAUUAGACCAAAUAGAACAAACAAUCAACACUAAAAGUGAAGGAAUAACUUCCAAUCCUGACAAAGAAAAACAAGAUUACUUAGACUUGAUUUUUGAAGAUUUGCAUACAUUAGACCAAAUAGAACAAACAAUCAACACUAAAAGUGAAGGAAUAACUUCCAAUCCUGACAAAGAAAAACAAGAUUACUUAGACUUGAAAACGUACUUUUUGGACAAUGCGAUUCCUAGUAACUUAUCAUUUUUAGCAACAUGGAUGGGAUUCCCACGUCAAGUGUAUAAGUGUAUAGAAGCAGAUCAUCCGAGAAGGUGUCUGGACAGAAUGCAUGCUCUGUUUGAUUUGUGGUAUCCGAUUGCGAAAGAAAUAGGACACAAAAAUGGCUUGUUACCAGUGCAUAUCCUAUCAUACGUAAAAUAUUCAUAUUCAAGCGCUCUGCAACGUGCACCAAAACUACUGGUAUCCCUGUCAACUGAUAUCACGGUAACACCAAAAGUAUUAGAUGAUGUAGAGGAAAGAAGCGUUUCCUUCAAAUGUGUUCACAAUGGAACAGGGUUAAGAAUGGCAUGGCAACGGAAAGAUGGGAUUCCAGUUAAAGCAUUGUCUAUCAAGCCAAAUGAGAAGUCCAUACAGAUUUCUGAAAAUAAAACUACAACGUUUACUUGCAACACUUCCUACAGUCGGCCGAUUCCUGAGAUUCAAUGGCUUGUAAAGAAUCACAGUCAUUUGCAAUUAACUGGAGAGCAAACAAAUGGAACAAACCCUAAGGGUUUGACUUCAUCGGAGAGUACACUUAUUUUCAAACCUAGCAGAACAUACAACGGAUGGAAACUUUAUUGUUUUGUCAACAAGUCGGAAGUUCAAAAAGAAAGCAUGUCAUCAAGUUUGAUAACACUGAAUGUAACAUAUCCACCUGACUUAACGCUAAUGAUAAAUGGGUCUCCUCCAAAUGGAAAUUAUUAUGUUAUUAAACAUAGCAUAGGCACUUUAACUUGCAAAAUCACCGGAGGAAAUCCUAAGCCAUCAUUGUCAUGGACUCGAUGUUUUGAUAAUGACAUUUAUACUAGCUCUGGCAGCUCAUCUACAACAGAAAGUGAGACAAAUACGUUGACUUGGCAGGCAAUGUCUGACACUGAUAGAUCAUGCACUUGUCAGUCCAUUCAAAUAGAGAGAAAUGACUCUGUGUCUAUAAAUAUCAAAGUUUUAUAUCCUCCUUCCAUACCAAUACUCACGUUUGGUUCAUUAAAUGUGUCAGGAAACAUAUAUAUUAUACAAAACGAACAACUGUUGUUGGAUUGUAGUAGCAAUAGUAAGCCCCCUCCAACUUAUAAAUGGGAAGCAAAACACAUACAAGUGACUUUCAAUAGAACAUUGCAAAUUCUGGAGACGGAAAAGAUGCACAAAGGAAAUUAUACGUGUCUUGUUACUAAUACAAUGAACGCAACCGAGAGAAUACAGAAUGGUUCAAGUAGAAGCACUGUUGAAGUCCAUGUUCUUU